AUGGGCUUCACACCAGUCGAGAGGGCGGCGCAUUACGCGACGCGCAGCCCGCGGUUUGCCAAGGUCACGUCGAAGGAUUUGGGCCACUUUCAAAGCGUGCUGGAAAAGCCCUGCGGCAUCUCGAAGCGGAAGGGCAAAAUGCUGACGGAUACGGAGGCGAUUGCGCCAUUCAAUGUGGACUGGAUGCGCCAAGUUCAAGGCGCCACCCCGGCUGUGCUGAUGCCGACCUGCGCCACUCACGUCAGCGAGAUUCUGAAGUACUGCCAAGCGAAGAAGUUGGCGGUAGUGCCGCAGAGCGGCAAUACGAGCUUGGUCUACGGCGCGGAGCCGGUGCACGAUGAGCUGGUCCUUAGCACGCAUCUGAUGAACGCAACGCCCAUGGUGUCCAAGAACACAAUGUCAGUGGAGGCCGAGUCUGGUGUCAUCCUCCAACAGUGCCAGGAGGCGUGCGCGAAGGAAGGGCUGCUCUUCCCACUCAUGAUGGGCUCGAAGGGAAGCUCGAUGAUUGGCGGCAACGUUAGCACCAACGCCGGUGGCAUCCAUUUCGCGCGCUACGGCUCCAUGCACUCGAACGUGCUCGGCGUGGAGGUGGUGACGGCGAAAGGCGACAUCUUGAAUCUGAUGUCGACGCUGCGCAAAGAUAACGCCGGCUACGACCUGAAACACCUGUUCAUAGGCAGCGAAGGCACCCUGGGUGUGGUGACCCGCGCCACCAUCAAGCUGUACCCGCAGCCCACGUCGAAGCAGGUGGCCAUGUUCCGCCUGAAGGACUUCGAGUCUGUGCUGGAGCUGUACCACCUGGCGAACAGUCACCUCGCCGAGUGCUUGUCGGCGUUCGAGGUGAUGGACGGGGAGUCGAUGACGACGAGCCCAGCGAAGGAGGUGCCGUACGAGCGCACGUACAAGUACGACGUGUUCCGCAGCGGCAAGGACUUCACUGCUGCCUACUUCUGCGUUCUCGUGGAGACGCAUGGCAGCAACGAGAAGCACGACUUCGACAAGCUCUCCGAAUUCGUUGAGGCGGCGCAGGCAAAGCUUGACGACAAGCUGAGCGGCGGUGGCCAGUACGAGCCCAUCCUCUCGCAAUCUUCUACCCAGACGGAGCAGCUGUGGGCGCUGCGUGAGGGCAUCCCAGUGCAUCUGGCGAGCAGCGGACUUAUCUACAAGUACGACGUGUCAUUCCCUAUUGACAAGUUCUACGGCGCCGUCGAGCACACGCGCGAGAUUCUAUACAAGCACCACAAGAUGGACCCGGCCGAGGUGAUCGUUGUCGGCUACGGGCACUUUGGCGACGGCAACGUGCAUCUGAACGUGGUUGACCUGACCCGCUCGCACGGCGAGCAGCUUGACGCGGCGCUGUACCCGGCUGUGUACGAUUACUGCGCUGCACACGCCGGCAGUAUCUCGGCCGAGCACGGCGUGGGCAUGCAGAAGCGCGACUACCUACACCUCUCCCGCACAGACGAGGCCAUUCGACUCAUGAGGGACGUCAAGGCGAUGAUGGACCCGAACGGCAUCUUGAACCCAUACAAGGUGUUGCCGCUGGAGCAGGGGAAAUAA